GAACACUCUCUCGCCUGGCGACCGAGCGCCUCCAAGAGAUGCCGCCGUAUGGUUUUCUUGCCAGUGCUAGAGUGACUGCUGGACGAUAUGUUUCAUGUCUUCGAUGCCCAGGUUUUCGUUGGAGGAGCAGAGUUUCUUGCUGAGGGAGAUUUGAGCAAGCGUGCCGGUGUGUUGGGUUUGUUGGGUGGGGGCCUGUUCUUGUCGGUCUAGAACGAAACGUCAGGCGUGCCCAUGAUACAGGUAAAGGAGAUGUUGUCCCCCUGCUUGAUCUCGACAACAGCAGCAUGGAGGGUGGCUUCCAGUUUCAGCAAUGAAAGAGGUUGCUAAGAUCACAGAAGUCGCAACUAUCCGUGUGUGUGAAGUUGCAACCUUUUACUCAAUGUUUAAACAGACAAAGGGCUGUUGUGUUGAAUGCUGCCAUGACCACCGUUGCUGAUUAGUAAUGGAUCUGAAGGAUAUAAUUAUUAUGAAGAUGUCACUCCAGUGCGUGCUGUUGAGAGAGUUGAGAUGUUGAGAAGAGGGGAGAAGCUACCGAGUAAGCUGUAUAAGCUUCCUCAACUGCCGUUGGCUCAUCGUCUUCAGGCCACCCGGCUAUUCAUUGACGCCCGAGUCAAAUGGGUUCGUGAUCCGUUCCUGGACGCUGCCGUCGAGAAGGAGAAAGACCUCAAGCCCCUAUGCUCUCUCCUCCACCACAUCCUCUCCUCCCCCUCCCUCUCCCUCCCCCUCUCCUCCGCUUCCCUCCUCCACCUCCCCUCCUCCGCCACCGCCUCCACCGCUGCCUCCUUCUUCCUCAAAUACCCCUCCAUCUUCACCAUCUUCCAGCCCAGCCCUGGCCUCCCUCUCCAUGUCAGGCUCACCCCUUCCGCCCUCUCCCUCCACCGCCAAGAGUCCGUCCUCCACCUCUCCCCGCCCCUCCGCCACUCUGCCGCCUCCCGCCUCGCCAAGCUCUUGAUGCUCGCUGGGUCUUCGGCUUUGCCCUUCCACAUCAUUGAUAAGUUCCGGUGGGACUUGGGCUUGCCUCCUAAUUAUGUCCCUGACCUCCUCUCUGAUUACCCCGAUUACUUCAACGUUCGUGCUGUCAACGAUGAGGCCACGGGUAAAGAAUUGCUUGUGCUGGAGCUCGUGUCCUGGAAGGACGAGCUGGCCGUGUCAGCAUUGCAGGAGAGGAUGAAAGACAGGGACUUUAAUGGGAAACCAGGGACGCGCAUCAGGUUCUCGAUGGAUUUCCCCAGAGGGUUCGAUCUGGAGAAGAGGGUCAAGGCUUGGGUUGAUCAGUGGCAGGACUUACCCUACAUAUCACCUUAUGAGGAUGCUUUCCAUCUGGCGCCCAGUGGUGAUCAGGCCGAGAAGUGGAUGGUGGCUGUCCUCCACGAGUUGCUGUGGCUCCUCCUGUCAAAGAAGACAGAACGGGACAACUUGCUUUGCUGGGGGGAGUAUAUGGGAUUCGGAACACGGUUCAAGAAGGUAUUGGCUCACCAUCCGGGCAUCUUUUACAUCUCCAAUAAGUUGAAGACCCAGACUGUGGUGCUCAGGGAGGCUUACAGGAAGGAUUUCUUGGUCGAGCGGCAUCCCCUGAUGGGUAUGAGGCAUCGCUACAUUUAUCUCAUGAGUAAAGCCAAGAAGUCGCAGAAGCAAAUAAAUUCAGCCUCUAGGACGAUCAGGAAGCAAGCCAAUAGCUCUCAAAAGUUUGCUGGGUAGAGAAGGAAAGCCAUAGACGCGAUGCAGAUGGAAGAGAAAUGAUGGAUGGAUUUUCAGAUGGUGAAUUAGGUGAAGCUAGUAUAUGGCAAUGAUGAGGCAAUCGAAACAUAGAUGUGGAUCCUGGAAAUUAUUGUUUCAGGUGCUUCAACCAUGAAGUACAUGGCGAGCAGAAUGGAGAUGCUUCGGGUCCGAUUUGUGUAGCAGAACUCUGGAAAAAGGGAACUGAGAUCCUACUUCUUUCAGUUCAGUUGAAGGGUGAGAAGAGACCAAGGGAUAGUAGUUUGAUCAUCUAGAGUCAGCUUGACUACAAGAUGGCUGGUUUGAGUUGAUUUCUAAGGGGAUGGCAUUCUUCCGUGCUAGCUUUAGUUGACAACCUCAGCCCCUCAAACACUGCCAAGAAAGUCUGAGAUUAAACCGGAAAUCUAGGAGAACGAAGCUGCGCCCAACAAAGGUAUGCAGGAAGUUUUUGUGUGCCCCUGAAUGACAAUGCUGCUGAGGUGAAGGUGGAGUUGUGAGAAUGAGAUACCUUUCUUGCCUUUGAGCAAACACUAGUUAGGAAGCCUGUGCACGGCGCGCGCUCUACUUAGGUUAAUAUACUUAUUUUUGUUACCAGUACAUGCCAUAUUCUUGAAGAUCUCAUCCUUUAACAGAAGGAGAAAGAGUGUAGCCAGCAAUUGUCUUCGUGUCGGUAUAUCUCCAUAGCUCUUUCGAGUCAUUCCGUAUUGUUAUAAAACUGUGGUCAUUUGAUUACAAAAUAUUCUUUCAUCAAGAAUUGAUGAAAACGCAUGAGUUGGUAUCAAUUUCAAGUUAACUCGGGUUGGA